AUGGAAAUUCCUGCAAACCUGCUUUAUUUGAUAUUUGGAAUAGGUACAGUACUUGUGACAGUAUUAUCUCUGAUUUAUUAUCUGAAUUGCUGCUCAAAGAAAAAACGCCAGAUCCCUGCCAGAAAUAAACCAAAUGAUGAUGUGGUUCAGAUAAAUAUAGAGGACAAUAAGAAUCAGCAAAAUGAACAAGAACAUCUGCUGAUUCAGCCACAGAUGGAGCUCCAAGGUGGUCAGCGACUGCCCGAGUGCUUGCGCAUUGACCUUCAUCACCCGAAGGCAGGUUCAAGCGGAGACACAAAUGAUGUUACGACUGUGCUGAUGGAAACAAAUGUUGGGAGGAGUGCAACAGAAAACACCAUCUUGGAAAGAGAAGAGGAUUUUAGAGAGGGAGAAGAACGCAAAAGAGAAAUAAAGGAGAUGGAAGACAGGAUGAGAAGAGAACAAGAGGAUAUACAGAGAGAAAAAGACAUGAUCAAGAAAGAAAAAGAAAGAAUAGAAAAAGACAAAGAAGAUCUUCUGAUCAAACAUGAAGAAAUAUAUAGAUUAACCAAGAUAUCUGAAGAAGAAAGACAGAAUGAAGACCAAAGGAGAAGAAGAGAAGAGGAAUUUAAAGAGAGAGAAGAACGACGCAAAAGAGAAAUAAAGGAGAUGGAAGACAGGAUGAGAAGAGAACAAGAGGAUAUACAGAGAGAAAAAGACAUGAUCAAGAAAGAAAAAGAAAGAAUAGAAGAGGAAUUUAAAGAGAGAGAAGAACGAUACAAAAGAGAAUUAAAAGAGAUGGAAGACAAGAUGAGAAGAGAAGAUGAGGAGAGACAGACGCAAGAGAGAAUAAGAAGAGAUGAAGAGAGAACAAAACAUAAAUCUACUCACAAGAGACAAAGUCCAGCUGUUGAUCACACAAACAUUUGUGAGCAACAGGAUGCAGCAGAAUAUUUUCAGAAGAUAAUGAACAUGGUCAGUCCAGAGAUGUCUGAGAAGUGUAAUAUACACAAACUUCCUUCAGUUCUGGUUGUGCAGCUGGAGAGGUUUCAACUGGAUUAUCACACCAUGACCUACAAGAAGAAUAAAUCUGCAGUGGAAAUUGAAUUCCAAUUAUCAGUGAAAGAUGAAAGUGGGGUUCAGCACAAUUAUGUUUUGUAUGCUGUGGUGAAACAUUCUGGAUCCUUCAAUAGUGGACACUAUUAUGCUGACAUCAAGUCAUUUGAAGAUCAACAGUGGUAUCGAUUUAAUGACAGCAAUGUACACAAGAUACGUGGUUUGGAAAACCCCUUCUGCAGUUCUGAGGCCUACUUCCUUCUUUACAAAAAAAGUUCAAAUGAGUCAGCUGCAAAACUGAACAGCUGUGACAAUCGAGUUGUUCCACAAACUCCACAGAAACAUUCAGAAUCUGCAGCACAAACUGUGUCAGAACAGGAACUGAAGCAAGAACCCAAAGACGGUGACAAUCAAUCAAGAGAAGGGACACAAAAAGACACAUAUGGAUCGAACCAUGAUUCUCAACCUACACUAAAUGUUCUUGAAGAUCCACAGAAGCAGUCAGAAGAUAACAAACAUGGGUCUGACACAACAGUAAAGACCCAAAAAACAGCUUCAGAUGAAUCUCAAUCUGGAAGACAAACUGUGUCAGAACAGGAACCGAAGCAAGAACCCAAAGAUGGUGAUGGGACACAAAAAGACACAUAUGGAUCAGACCCUGAUUUUCAACCUAAAGUAAAUGUUUCUCAAGAUUCACAGAAUCAGUCAGAAGAUAACAAACAUGGGUCUGACACAACAGUAAAGACCCAAAAAACAGCAUCAGAUGAAUCUCAAUCUGGAGCACAAACUGUGUCAGAACAGGAACCGAAGCAAGAACCCAAAGAUGGUGAUGGGACACAAAAAGACACAUAUGGAUCAGACCCUGAUUUUCAACCUAAAGUAAAUGUUUCUCAAGAUUCACAGAAUCAGUCAGAAGAUAACAAACAUGGGUCUGACACAACAGUAAAGACCCCAAAAACAGCAUCAGAUGAAUCUCAAUCUGGAGCACAAACUGUGUCAGAACAGGAACUGAAGCAAGAACCCAAAGACGGUGACAAUCAAUCAAGAGAAGGGACACAAAAAGACACAUAUGGAUUGAACCAUGAUUCUCAACCUACACUAAAUGUUCUUGAAGAUCCACAGAAGCAGUCAGAAGAUAACAAACAUGGGUCUGACACAACAGUAAAGACCCCAAAAAAAGCUUCAGAUGAAUCUCAAUCUGGAGCACAAACUGUGUCAGAACAGGAACUGAAGCAAGAACCCAAAGACGGUGACAAUCAAUCAAGAGAAGGGACACAAAAAGACACAUAUGGAUCAGACCAUGAUUCUCAACCUACACUAAAUGUUCUUGAAGAUCCACAGAAGCAGUCAGAAGAUAACAAACAUGGGUCUGACACAACAGUAAAGACCCAAAAAACAGCAUCAGAUGAAUCUCAAUCUGGAAGACAAACUGUGUCAGAACAUGAACCGAAGCAAGAACCCAAAGACGGUGACAAUCAAUCAAGUGAUGGGACACAAAAAGACACAUAUGGAUCAGACCAUGAUUCUCAACCUACACUAAAUGUUCUUGAAGAUCCACAGAAGCAGUCAGAAGAUAACAAACAUGGGUCUGACACAACAGUAAAGACCCCAAAAAAAGCUUCAGAUGAAUCUCAAUCUGGAAGACAAACUGUGUCAGAACAGGAACCGAAGCAAGAACCCAAAGACGGUGACAAUCAAUCAAGAGAAGGGACACAAAAAGACACAUAUGGAUUGAACCAUGAUUCUCAACCUACACUAAAUGUUCUUGAAGAUCCACAGAAGCAGUCAGAAGAUAACAAACAUGGGUCCGAAACAACAGUAAAGACCCAAAAAACAGCAUCAGAUGAAUCUCAAUCUGGAGCACAAACUGUGUCAGAACAGGAACCGAAGCAAGAACCCAAAGAUGGUGAUGGGACACAAAAAGACACAUAUGGAUCAGACCCUGAUUUUCAACCUAAAGUAAAUGUUUCUCAAGAUUCACAGAAUCAGUCAGAAGAUAACAAACAUGGGUCUGAAACAACAGUAAAGACCCAAAAAACAGCAUCAGAUGAAUCUCAAUCUGGAAGACAAACUGUGUCAGAACAGGAACCGAAGCAAGAACCCAAAGACGGUGACAAUCAAUCAAGAGAAGGGACACAAAAAGACACAUAUGGAUUGAACCAUGAUUCUCAACCUACACUAAAUGUUCUUGAAGAUCCACAGAAGCAGUCAGAAGAUAACAAACAUGGGUCUGACACAACAGUAAAGACCCAAAAAACAGCAUCAGAUGAAUCUCAAUCUGGAAGACAAACUGUGUCAGAACAGGAACCGAAGCAAGAACCCAAAGAUGGUGAUGGGACACAAAAAGACACAUAUGGAUCAGACCCUGAUUUUCAACCUAAAGUAAAUGUUUCUCAAGAUUCACAGAAUCAGUCAGAAGAUAACAAACAUGGGUCCGAAACAACAGUAAAGACCCCAAAAACAGCUUCAGAUGAAUCUCAAUCUGGAAGACAAACUGUGUCAGAACAGGAACCGAAGCAAGAACCCAAAGACGGUGACAAUCAAUCAAGAGAAGGGACACAAAAAGACACAUAUGGAUUGAACCAUGAUUCUCAACCUACACUAAAUGUUCUUGAAGAUCCACAGAAGCAGUCAGAAGAUAACAAACAUGGGUCCGAAACAACAGUAAAGACCCAAAAAACAGCAUCAGAUGAAUCUCAAUCUGGAAGACAAACUGUGUCAGAACAGGAACCGAAGCAAGAACCCAAAGAUGGUGAUGGGACACAAAAAGACACAUAUGGAUCAGACCCUGAUUUUCAACCUAAAGUAAAUGUUUCUCAAGAUUCACAGAAUCAGUCAGAAGAUAACAAACAUGGGUCUGACACAACAGUAAAGACCCCAAAAACAGCUUCAGAUGAAUCUCAAUCUGGAAGACAAACUGUGUCAGAACAGGAACCGAAGCAAGAACCCAAAGACGGUGACAAUCAAUCAAGAGAAGGGACACAAAAAGACACAUAUGGAUUGAACCAUGAUUCUCAACCUACACUAAAUGUUCUUGAAGAUCCACAGAAGCAGUCAGAAGAUAACAAACAUGGGUCUGACACAACAGUAAAGACCCCAAAAAAAGCUUCAGAUGAAUCUCAAUCUGGAGCACAAACUGUGUCAGAACAGGAACUGAAGCAAGAACCCAAAGACGGUGACAAUCAAUCAAGAGAAGGGACACAAAAAGACACAUAUGGAUCAGACCAUGAUUCUCAACCUACACUAAAUGUUCUUGAAGAUCCACAGAAGCAGUCAGAAGAUAACAAACAUGGGUCUGACACAACAGUAAAGACCCCAAAAACAGCUUCAGAUGAAUCUCAAUCUGGAAGACAAACUGUGUCAGAACAGGAACCGAAGCAAGAACCCAAAGACGGUGACAAUCAAUCAAGAGAAGGGACACAAAAAGACACAUAUGGAUUGAACCAUGAUUCUCAACCUACACUAAAUGUUCUUGAAGAUCCACAGAAGCAGUCAGAAGAUAACAAACAUGGGUCUGACACAACAGUAAAGACCCCAAAAAAAGCUUCAGAUGAAUCUCAAUCUGGAGCACAAACUGUGUCAGAACAGGAACUGAAGCAAGAACCCAAAGACGGUGACAAUCAAUCAAGAGAAGGGACACAAAAAGACACAUAUGGAUUGAACCAUGAUUCUCAACCUACACUAAAUGUUCUUGAAGAUCCACAGAAGCAGUCAGAAGAUAACAAACAUGGGUCUGACACAACAGUAAAGACCCAAAAAACAGCAUCAGAUGAAUCUCAAUCUGGAAGACAAACUGUGUCAGAACAUGAACCGAAGCAAGAACCCAAAGACGGUGACAAUCAAUCAAGUGAUGGGACACAAAAAGACACAUAUGGAUCAGACCAUGAUUCUCAACCUACACUAAAUGUUCUUGAAGAUCCACAGAAUCAGUCAGAAGAUAACAAACAUGGGUCUGAAACAACAGUAAAGACCCAAAAAACAGCUUCAGAUGAAUCUCAAUCUGGAAGACAAACUGUGUCAGAACAGGAACCGAAGCAAGAACCCAAAGACGGUGACAAUCAAUCAAGAGAAGGGACACAAAAAGACACAUAUGGAUUGAACCAUGAUUCUCAACCUACACUAAAUGUUCUUGAAGAUCCACAGAAUCAGUCAGAAGAUAACAAACAUGGGUCUGACACAACAGUAAAGACCCAAAAAACAGCUUCAGAUGAAUCUCAAUCUGGAGCACUAUAA